GGGAAGCGAAGGGGCCUUGCUAAGGAGCCCCGUUGCCUGCUCCCUGCCGGACCUUCGCCAACCCCAGUAAGGGGAAGCCAAAGACGAAGGGAGCUGAGGGACCGGGGGAAAGGGCAGCGUGAGGAAGUGGUCUUAGGGACAUGCCUGCAGAGGAGGCGUCACUGCACUCGGCCGUGUCCCUGGAAGGAGAGUUAGUGAUGAUGCCAAAGAGGUCCAGGAGGAGGAGUGAGGACUGAGAGGAGCAGAAAUUGCUGAGAGGAAGUGCAGCACAGAGGAGUAAAGGGGCUUUGGGCCUGCGGGUCAGGUUUUCCUCCAAAGAUUGGAGGCUAUGGAGUUAAUCAGUGAUCCAAUCUCAAAGAGAGAGACAUCGACGUGGGAGAAACAUUGAUCAGCUGCCUCCCAUUGAUAGAACCAGCAACCUAGCUGAUAUGCUCCUCUGAAGAAGAGCUUUUCUUUAUCAGCUGGGGAUGAUUCUAAUUCUUUCUUAAAAGGAUGGCUGCUGUUUUUCUAAAGAAGUUAACAUUACAAACCAUAAAGACUAAAAAUAAUUGCCUUAGAAGAUGUCUAGGGAAAUAUAUUGUGCAAACGAUGGCACUAGCACAGUUGCCUCUUACUGCUUUUGCCCCAAGACCGGCCUACCUAAUUCAUGCAAAAGCUUUUAGCACUGUUGAAGACACCCAAGAUGAAAGAAAAAAGAAAGAAAAGAAUGAAACUGAUUUUAGUAACAUUGGAAGAAAAAUUAGUGAGCGAAUUAUUCAUGUAUUUGAUGAGAAGGGCAAUGAUUUGGGAAACAUGCACCGAGCUGAAGUGAUUCGGCUCAUGGACGAGCGAGACCUGAGACUUGUGAAAAGGAAGCCCAGCGCAGAGCCUCCCGAGUACCAGCUCAUGACAGGCGCACAGAUUCACGAGGAGCGGCUGAGACUGAGAGAGAGGGAGAAGGCUAGACCUAAAACUGGACCAACUCUGACAAAGGAACUAACUUUUUCCUCAAAUAUUGGACAACAUGAUUUGGACACAAAGAGUAAACAGAUUCAGCAGUGGAUUGAGAAAAAAUACAAAGUUCAAGUUACUGUAAAGAAAGCAAAGAAUGCAGAGGAGCCAGAAAAUAAAAUGGAGGAGAUAUUUAAGCAAAUCCUCCAGACUAUGCCUGGAAUAGCUGCCUUCUCAUCCAGGCCACAGCCUGUUAAAGGAGGAAAAGCUGUAGUAUGUGUUCUUCGUCAUUUGAGCAAAAAGGAAGAGACUGCAUAUAGAGAAACUCAGCAGACCCAGGAAGGAGACCCUUUGAACAAAAAAAAUGGAAACAAUACAAAAUCAGAUAUUCUGCAUCAGUGAUUAAAGAAAAAUGUGCUUCUGAGAGAAAGUACAGUCAUACCUCAGUACUCGUCGGCUUCAGAACUCAUCAAAAUCUGUACUCGUUUCAUUUUGACGAGAAAAAAAUGUUUCAGCACACGGCACUUGCUCGGGGACUCAUCACGCUUGCUAGAACUUGUAUGAGUCACAAUAUCGCUCGCAAGAGAAAAUGCUUUUUGUUGCUUGCUUGGUACUCAUCAGUUUGGGCACUCAUCAUGAGUUCCGGAAUAAAUUAAUGACAAGUAGCAAGGUACCACUGUACAGGCAUACUUCGUUUUAUCGUGCU